AUGGCUUUUGAGAUUACGCCCAUGAAGGAGGACGAGAUUGGUGUCUGGAACAAAGUGUACUGGGAAGCCUUUGCUUUGGUAGAGGAUAACUUGUCAUCGCUGCUCUAUCCCGGAGGGUUUACAGAAUGCACACAAGCAUUCAUGCGGAACAACACCCGCGACAGCUUAUCCGACCCUUCCUUCUCUUACAUCUUUGUACGCGACAGCGGCACCAAAGAGAUCCUAGCCGUCGCUUGCUGGUACUUUCAAACCGAAGACAUGAGCAUGCAAGAAGUGUCGGACAAGGAGGAAAAAGCAAGGAAGGAACGCGCGGAGCAGGAGCCCAUUCCUGGUAUCAACUUUGGCGUGAUUGCGGGUUUUCGGGAGGCACAGGCGAAAAGUAAGCGUGAGAUAUUGGCUGGCAAGAGACAUGCGUUGUUGAAAGUGCUUGCGACACUGCCGGCAGCUCAGCGAAAGGGUGCCGGAGCUGCUGGGCUGGUCUGGGGCUUGCAGCGGGCGGAUGAACUGGGCAUGCCGGCAUAUCUCGAGGCUUCGGGCAUGGGUAGGCCGUUGUAUGUCAAACAUGGGUUCAGCGAAGUGAGUACUAUUGGUCAACUCGAAAUGCGAAUAUGA